AGGGGCGGAAAUGCUUGUUUGUGUUUUGGUUCUAAAAGGGAAGUUGCGAGAGAAAAGAAAGGAGGGGACGUGAUCGGGGUUGGUGAAAUUACCAUCAACUCACCCCAAUAUUAAGGAGAAACAAUCGCUAAUUCUAAAAACCCUUUGACUGAGACAAGUUUACCCGACCUAUCGACUGGCAUCCAGGUCUUACUGGAACAGUGCAGUGUAAGUGUGCCAGAAGGAGAAGGGGACGUUGACAGCUGUCAUGGCCAAUCGAGGAGGAGCGACCCGACCGAACGGGCCCAAUGCUGGCAAUAAGAUCUGCCAGUUCAAACUGGUCUUACUGGGAGAGUCAGCUGUGGGCAAGUCCAGUCUUGUGCUGCGUUUCGUCAAAGGCCAGUUCCAUGAGUUUCAGGAGAGCACAAUAGGAGCGGCCUUCCUUACACAGACAGUGUGCUUGGAUGACACAACGGUGAAGUUUGAGAUUUGGGACACAGCUGGACAGGAGCGCUACCACAGCCUGGCUCCAAUGUACUACAGAGGUGCCCAGGCUGCAAUUGUGGUUUAUGACAUCACCAAUGAAGAAUCAUUUGCAAGAGCGAAAAACUGGGUGAAGGAACUUCAGCGACAGGCUAGCCCAAACAUCGUCAUCGCUCUUUCUGGAAACAAGGCAGACCUUGCAAAUAAAAGAGCUGUGGAAUUCCAGGAUGCAAGUUCAUAUGCAGAAGACAACAGUUUGCUGUUCAUGGAGACAUCAGCCAAGACCUCAGUGAAUGUGAAUGAGAUUUUCAUGGCCAUUGCUAAAAGGUUGCCCAAGACUGAACCCCAGACUUCUGGAGCCAACAGUGGGCGGAGUAGGGGUGUGGACCUAACUGAGACAGCCCCGCCCACAAAGGCUCCCUGUUGCAGCAACUAAUUCAAACAUCCCAUCCACCAAACUCUUACCACAACAACUAAAUGCAAGGCCCUGCCCCUCCCCCAACUUGGUUAUAACUGUAACUAAUGAAAUGCCCUUCUCUGUUCCCUUUCAUAACUUGGUGGUCAGCAAUUACAAAAGCUUUGCCAUGCCCUUCUGCAUUUCUUCUAUGUGUAUAGGCCCUUUAUGCUUUUUUUUUUUUUUUUUUUUUUUUUUUUAAAGGUUAUGGCUUAUGUCAAACACUCAUCAGAUCCCCCCCGUUAUUCUGUCUGUUGGCCCUAGAAACGGGGAGGGGUUUCUACCCACCCUGUCAUAGCUAAAGACUAUAGCCUAUAUUUCUCCAACAAAGUUCUACUUUUUCUGCUCACCUUUUUUAUUGGCUUAAAAUCAACAUUUUAUCCAUAUCUUGUGGCACGUUGCUGAGAGAGUAUGAGCUGGGUUACAGUUGUCCCUUCCCUCUCCUGGUUCUAUGCUUACCACAACCACAUUCUAUGGUCCUUAUCUUCUAGGCUUCUAGAUGCCUCAGUUGCACGGUGAAAUAGCUGACCACCCCACCCCCCACUGUACUGUCUAUAAAAACAAAAUCCACUAAAAUCCUUAUUAUUCACAUACACUUGCACAUUUAAAAGUAUGUAUCCCCCCCCCCCAUAGUCUCUGGCUAUUCAUGAAGAACCUUUACUCAUUUUUCAUUACAGUUCUUUUGGCACAUUGCAA